GACGAUAGACGGAGUGGGACUGGAGGCGUGACUCAAGAUAAAGUUAUCAAAUCACGGCGGACAUUCGUCAUAAAAUACACAUAAACGAAACGCUUUCGAACAGCAGCUUCGCGAGAGCUGCUCGUGCUUAUCCUUACGUUGUGAAAGUUGUCAGCGAGCACGAUGGAAACGUAUGAGAGAGUCCUGCUGGUGAAGUCCGAGGUUUUCGUCUUCAAAAUUCCGCCAAGGUCAACCAACAGGGGUUAUCGGGCAGCUGACUGGAACUUGCAGGAACCUUCGUGGACUGGUCGCAUGCGACUGGUAUCAGAAGGGGAUAAUGUAACCAUAAAGCUAGAGGACAAGAUUACGGGCGAGCUGUUUGCAAAAUGCCCGAUUGAGCAGUAUCCUGGAAUAGCUGUAGAGACAGUCACUGAUUCCUCUCGAUAUUUUGUCCUAAGAAUUCAAGAUGACAAUGGGCGGUCUGCUUUUAUUGGUAUCGGUUUCUUAGAUAGGUCUGAUAGUUUCGAUUUGAAUGUUGCUCUUCAAGAUCACUUCAAAAGGUUGAAGAAUCGGGAACAAAUUGAGAAAGAAAAGGAGAAGCCAAAGCAAGAAUUGGAUCUCAGGUUCAAGGAAGGUGAAACUAUCAAGAUUAACAUGAAGAUCACUAAAAAAGAUGGCAGUGAGGUUUCAUCCAAAGCGAGACAACGUACCAAUCCAGCCAUGGGUUUGCCACCUCCACCUGGUGGCGUCAAGAUCGCACCACCACCAGCGAAAACUCCAACUUCCUCACCAGCACACAAACCACCGCAAAGUCAAAGUCAAGGUACUACGGGUUCAGAAUGGGGCGAGUUUGCCAGUGCUUCGCAGACAGCGUCGGCACCCGCACCCACAGUGGCCAAUGCCAGUUGGGUGCAAUUUUAAUUUUCCAGACAUAUGUAUAUAACGUAAUACAUGUAAUAUAUACAUAGCAACAUCUGAAAUAGCCGUGCUGUAAGAAUUUAGGUUAUACAUACAGGGCAGUUUGCUCAUAAGAUAUUGUUGAAUUAUCGUUACUGUCAAAUGAAUUAUGCUAUACCGUAAUUCUAUAUUAAUUAAUGUGUGCAUUCAUAUAUCUUAAAUGCACAGCUCGAGACGUCAAAGAUAAUUAUAGGAGGAAGGACGUCUUUUGUGAAUAGCAGAGAAAAGUUUGAUGUAUAUUUACUAUACUAUACAGUGCGUGACGAAAAUUAUAGUAGCAAUGGUGAAGGGGAUAAUAUUUUUUCAUGAAAAGCGAUGGCUCUCUUACAUACGAGACUCUUAGAGAGUUUUCCAAACUUGAUUCAUUCUUCUCCAGAAGAAGCAUUCCUUCCCGAUUGUUCUGUGAUUGUGUAGCACCCUGUGUAAUAGUAUUGUACUUAUAAAUGCUACUUGAGAACUCUUAAUAUUAUUUUCGGACAUCCAGUGUAUUUGAAUAAUGUGACAUGAUUUCUUGUACAUGUAAAUGUCAAUAUCAGAUGCAUUUAGUGCCUUGCACGUUGAUUUGUUCAACGAAUUGGAAACAAAUUCGAGGCAAAUUAUAAUAAUUGAUGCAACACUAUAUUAAUAUUUGGACGAAUGCGGCAUAAUAUUCGAUUUACCGAUCCUUUCCAACGUUCACAGAAAUUUGACUUAAAAAUAUGUGAAAAUGAUCAUUCAAAUUCUUAAUAUUCAAACGGAAUAUGAAAUAAGUAUUUCUAAUGAAUAUUUUAGGGCAGACCUGACUUAUAAAGAAUUUGUUUCAUGGAUUGAACGUUGCAUGCUUGUUCGACAGGUCGAGCAAUAUAAUACUGUCUUUUUAUUAGACAGUCAUCCACUGUCAAUGCAGUAUUAACUAUAAAUUAUGUGUGUAUGUGUGUGUACAAAGCAGAGAUUAAUUACUUUUAUAGAUUACAACUGGAGUUUAAGUAGAUUAUUAACUUUAAUCUGAUAUUCAAUGAUUUUUUUAAAUAUCAAUUAAUUAUUUUACUGUGCAGAUAAUUUUUUAUGAAUUAUCCUUAGAAGCAUGGUGCAAUAUAUCUUCAGUGUAUAUUAAAUAUAACAUUUGGCCUGUUAGCUAACGAUUUCAGUCUUUGUAAAUAUUACAGAGCCUACUCUAUAUAUAUAUAUAUAUAUAUAUAUAUAUUUCCCUCUCGUACACUGGAUGUUCGUAAAGUUUUUUGUUCAAUCUUAAUACAAUCGAACUCCCUCUGUACAAAUUGAAUUUUCGUAUAAAUUCUCAUUUGUUGAGAUCAAGUUACUAGUAUUUUAAAUCUUUCAAUUCUUUUUUUUCAAAGGUAUUUCUUAGUUUAUCAUUUAAGAUAUAUUAAUUAUCUAUUAAUCACACAAAAGCAAUAUACUACUAAUAAUUUGUGUAAAAAAAGCCUAAUUGUAUACAUAUGUAGGGAGAAAAUUUAACUAUAUAUUAUAGAAUAUAUAUUUUGUAUUUUUCUCUCUAUGGAUUUUAGAACACAUAUUUAUUUUUUUAUAACGAAAACGGGUUAAGAAAUUCAAUAUCGAGAAAUUAAACGAGGAAAAUUUUCAUCAGAUCAUAUAUAUUGGAUUUUGCAGCAGAAUAAUUAAAGUUUUAUAUCCAACAAAAAUAAUAAAGAUAUGUUCUAAUUUCUCAUUGCAUAUAAGCAAUAUAAAUAAAUGUCUAGGAUUUUUACUUCUUUUGAAUUACAAAUAUUUGCAGCAAUUACUUUACAUUUACAUAUCUUAUGAGCAUGAUGCGUAAGCUAUUGACAAAAAAUCUGAUCGAUAUAUGUAAAAAUUUGAUGUGAUGAAAAAUAAUUGCCUUCGCGGCAAAAAUUAGAUAGAAUAUUACUGUCUAUGAUGCGCAUUAAUUAGAUCAUAAACUGUACAAUGUUAUUUGUA